CUGUGCCAUCAUCUGAAUUUGAAAAUGGAGUCACAAAUUGGGGUUGUUUUCGAGGAUUUUUUCCCAGCCAUGGUGGAGAAACUAGGAGCUGAAGGGUUCAUGAAGGAGCUGUGUAAUGGGUUCCGGUUGUUGAUGGACAGGGAGAAGGAAGUGAUCACUUUUGAGAGCUUGAAGAGGAGCUCGGCAUUGCUUGGGUUGCAAGAUCUGAGCGAUGAGGAAGUUGUUUGCAUGUUGAGGGAAGGUGACUUGAAUGGAGAUGGAACUUUGGAUGAAAUGGAGUUUUGCACUCUCAUGUUUAGGCUAAGCCCUGGAUUGAUGAAGAGUUCCAGGAAUUUGUUAAUUGAGUCUAUUUUUAAUGAGAUGUAAGUUCUCUUUUAUUUUUAUUGCAAAUCUCAAGGAUCAAUAAAAAAAAAAAAAUUUUGUGAUUGU